CGGGCGGCGGACGGGCUGCGGGCGGGCGACGGGCGCGCAGCGGAGCCUCCGGGAGGCGGCGGCGCCUUGCGGCCGAGCGGCCCCGCCAUGGGCUUCUUGCACCAGCUGCAGCUGCUGCUCUGGAAGAACGUGACGCUGAAGCGCCGGAGCCCGUGGGUCCUGGCCUUUGAGCUCUUCAUCCCCCUGGUCCUGUUCUUCAUCCUGCUGGGCCUGAGGCAGAAGAAACCCACCAUCUCCGUGAAGGAAGCCUUCUACACAGCCUCACCUCUCACCUCCGCGGGCAUCCUGCCAGUGAUGCAGUCCCUGUGCCCUGAUGGCCAGCGGGACGAGUUCGGCUUCCUGCAGUAUGCCAACUCCACGGUCACUCAGCUGCUGGAGCGCCUGAGCCGCGUGGUGGAGGACGGUAACCUGUUUGAUCCGGUGCGGCCCAGCCUGGGCUCAGAACUCGAGACUCUCCGUCAGCGCCUCGAAGCCCUGGGCUCGGGCCCAGAGCUGGGAGCUGAUGCCCCCGGGGGCCCUGCAGAGUCAUCCUUCUCACUGGACUCAGUGGCCCGAGAUCCACGGGAGCUGUGGCGUUUCCUAACACAGAACCUGUCGCUGCCCAAUGGCACAGCCGAGGCCCUCCUGGCUGCGCGUGUGGACCUGCCUGAGGUGCAUCGCUUGCUGUUUGGCCCUUCACCUAUCCUGGACGUAGGGUCGGGCCUCUCCAGGGCUCGGACACCCUGGGGCCACCUAGGCAGCGACCACCUGCUCCAGAUGGAGGAGCUGCUGCUGGCGCCUUCACUCCUGGAGCAGCUGACGUGCUCACGGGGCUCCAGGGAGCUGGGCCGCAUCCUCACUGCACCGCAGGGUCACCAGGAUGCUCUGCAGGGCUACCGGGAUGUGGUCUGCAGUGGACAGGCCAUGGCCCGCACCCGGCACUUUACAGAGUUGGCUGCCGAGCUCCGGGACCAGCUGGACACAGCCAAGAUUGCCCAGCAGCUGGGCCUGGACACAGCCCCAAAUGGCUCAGUGCCCCAACGUCAGCCACCACCCCCACGGGAGAUGCAGGCACUGCUGGAGGAUCUGCUGGGUGCCCAAAAGAUCCUGCAGGAUGUAGAUGUCCUCUCAGCCCUUGCUCUGCUGCUGCCACAGGGUGCCUGUGCUGGCCGGGCUCCAGUGGGCCAAGCCAGUGGCUCUGGGGGCACGGCCAACAGCACGGGGCUGGGCCAGAGUCCUGGUUCCAAUGGUUCCAACAGCUCAGCCGAGGAGGGAGCAGCAUCCUCUGCUGCCCCUGCCUCCUCGGACGCCCUGCAGGGCCAGUGCUCGGCUUUCGUGCAGCUGUGGGCCGGCUUGCAGCCCAUCCUCUGUGGCAACAACCGCACCAUUGAGCCCGAAGCCCUGCGGAGGGGCAACAUGAGCUCACUGGGCUUCACGAGCAAGGAGCAGCGGAAUCUGGGCCUUCUGGUGCACCUCAUGACCAGCAACCCCAAGAUCCUGUACGCGCCUGCAGGUUCAGAGGCUGACCGGGUCAUCCUCAAGGCCAACGAGACCUUUGCCUUUGUAGGCAAUGUGACGCACUAUGCCCAAGUCUGGCUUAACAUCUCGGCAGAGAUCCGCAGCUUUCUGGAGCAGGGCCGGCUGCAGAGGCAUUUGGAUUGGCUGCAGCAGUCAGUGGCAGAGCUGAGGCUGCACCCAGAGGCACUGGACCUGUCUCUGGAGGAUCUGCCACCUGCCCUGCGCCAGGACAACUUCUCCCUGCCCAACAGCUCUGCCCUGCUGCAGCAGCUGGACACCAUUGACAACGCUGCCUGUGGCUGGAUUCAGUUCAUGUCCAAGGUGAGCGUGGACAUCUUCAAGGGUUUUCCUGAUGAGGAGAGCAUCGUCAACUACACGCUCAACCAGGCCUAUCAGGACAACGUCACCGUGUUUGCCAGUGUGAUCUUCCAGACUCGAAAGGACGGCUCCUUGCCACCCCACCUCCACUACAAGAUCCGCCAGAACUCGAGCUUCACGGAGAAAACCAAUGAGAUACGCCGGGCCUACUGGCGCCCGGGGCCCAACACAGGCGGCCGAUUCUACUUCCUGUAUGGCUUCGUCUGGAUCCAAGACAUGAUGGAGCGUGCCAUCAUCAAUACCUUUGUGGGGCAUGAUGUGGUGGAGCCGGGCAACUACGUGCAGAUGUUCCCUUACCCCUGCUACACACGGGAUGACUUCCUGUUUGUCAUCGAGCACAUGAUGCCCCUGUGCAUGGUCAUCUCCUGGGUCUACUCUGUGGCCAUGACGAUCCAGCACAUCGUGGCUGAGAAGGAGCAUCGCCUCAAGGAGGUGAUGAAGACGAUGGGCCUGAAUAAUGCAGUGCACUGGGUGGCCUGGUUCAUCACGGGCUUUGUGCAGCUGUCCAUCUCGGUGACGGCGCUUACUGCAAUCCUCAAGUACGGCCAGGUGCUCAUGCACAGUCAUGUGCUCAUCAUCUGGCUCUUCCUGGCCGUGUAUGCUGUAGCCACCAUCAUGUUCUGCUUCCUGGUGUCAGUGCUGUAUUCCAAGGCCAAGCUGGCCUCGGCCUGUGGUGGCAUCAUCUACUUCCUGAGUUACGUGCCCUACAUGUAUGUGGCCAUCCGAGAAGAAGUGGCCCACGACAAGAUCACAGCCUUCGAGAAGUGCAUUGCGUCCUUGAUGUCCACCACUGCCUUUGGUCUGGGCUCCAAGUACUUCGCCCUGUAUGAGGUAGCAGGCGUGGGCAUCCAGUGGCAUACGUUUAGUCAGUCGCCCGUGGAGGGAGACGACUUUAACCUGCUGCUGGCCGUCAUCAUGCUGGUGGUGGAUGCUGUCGUGUAUGGGGUGCUCACAUGGUACAUCGAGGCAGUGCACCCAGGCAUGUAUGGGCUGCCCCGACCCUGGUACUUCCCGCUGCAGAAGUCCUACUGGCUGGGCAGUGGGCGAACAGAAGCGUGGGAAUGGACCUGGCCCUGGGCUCAUGCCCCCCGACUCAGUGUCAUGGAAGAAGACCAGGCCUGUGCCAUGGAGAGCCGGCACUUGGAGGAGAUGCGUGGCAUGGAGGAAGAGCCUACCCACUUGCCCCUGGUGGUAUGCGUGGACAAGCUCACCAAGAUCUACAAGACGGACAAGAAGCCGGCCUUGAACAGGCUAAGCCUGAACCUCUACGAAAAUCAGGUGGUCUCCUUCCUGGGUCACAACGGGGCUGGCAAGACCACCACCAUGUCCAUCCUGACCGGCCUGUUCCCACCCACAUCGGGAUCAGCUACCAUCUACGGGCACGACAUCCGCACAGAAAUGGAUGAGAUCCGCAAGAACCUGGGCAUGUGCCCUCAACACAAUGUGCUCUUCGAUCGGCUCACGGUGGAGGAGCACCUGUGGUUCUACUCCCGGCUGAAGAGCAUGGCCCAGGCGGAGAUCCGCAAGGAGAUGGAGAAGAUGAUCGAAGACCUGGAGCUGUCCAACAAACGGCACUCGCUGGUGCAGACCCUGUCAGGUGGCAUGAAGCGCAAACUGUCGGUGGCCAUUGCCUUUGUAGGCGGGUCUCGGGCCAUCAUCCUGGACGAGCCCACGGCGGGGGUGGACCCCUAUGCGCGCCGCGCCAUCUGGGACCUCAUCCUCAAGUACAAGCCUGGUCGCACCAUCCUCCUGUCCACCCACCACAUGGACGAGGCCGACCUGCUGGGGGACCGCAUCGCCAUCAUCUCCCAUGGGAAGCUCAAGUGCUGUGGGUCCCCACUCUUCCUCAAGGGCGCCUACGGCGAUGGCUACCGCCUCACGCUGGUCAAGAAGCCAGCCCAGCCUGGGGAUCCCCAAGAGCCAAUGCUGACAUCAAGCCCUUCGGGUCGAGCCCAGCUGAGCUGCUGCUCUGAGCCCCAAGUCUCCCAGUUCAUCCGCAAGCAUGUGGGUUCCUGCCUACUGGUCUCAGACACCAGCACGGAGCUCUCCUAUAUCCUGCCUAGUGAGGCUGUCAAGAAGGGGGGCUUUGAGCGCCUCUUCCAGCACCUGGAGUGCAGUUUGGACCUGCUGCACCUGAGCAGCUUCGGGCUGAUGGACACGACACUGGAGGAGGUGUUCCUCAAGGUGUCUGAAGAGGACCAGUCUCUGGAGAACAGUGAGGCAGAUAUGAAGGAGUCCAGGAAGGAUGCAUUUCCUGUGACCGACAGAGCUGUCUCAGGGGAGGCACCAGCGGGCAACCUAGCCCAAAGCUCGGAGCUGGCACAGUCGCAGGCGUCCCUGCAGUCCACGUCCUCGGUGGGCUCUGCCCGUGGCGAUGAGGCCACUGGCUCUGCAGGUGUCUACGGCGACUACCGGCCGCUCUUGGAUGGCCUUCACGACCCGGACAACGUCAGUCUGCAAGAGGCUGAGGCUGAGGCACUCACACGAGUGGGCCAAGGCAGCCACAAGCUGGACGGCUGGUGGCUGAGAGUGCGCCAGUUUCAUGGGCUGCUGGUGAAGCGAUUCCACUGUGCCCGCCGCAACUCCAAGGCAUUGUCCUCCCAGAUCCUGCUGCCUGCCUUCUUUGUCUGCGUGGCCAUGACCGUGGCCCUCUCUGUUCCCGAGAUCGGGGACUUGCCCCCGCUGGUCCUGUCGCCCUCCCAGUACCACAACUACACUCAGCCUCGUGGCAACUUCAUCCCCUAUGCCAAUGAGGAGCGCCGGGAGUACCGGUUACGGUUGUCGCCCGAUGCCAGCCCCCAGCAGCUGGUGAGCACUUUCCGGCUACCAUCUGGUGUGGGGGCCACCUGCGUGCUGAAGUCUCCAGCCAAUGGCUCGCUGGGCCCCACCCUGAACCUGAGCAGUGGCGAAUCCCGAGUGCUGGCCGCUCGCUUCUUCGACAGCAUGUGCCUGGAGUCCUUCACAAAGGGGCUGCCACUGUCGAACUUCGUGCCCCCGCCGCCCUCCCCUGCCCCUUCCGACUCACCCAUGUCCCCUGAUGACGACCCCCUGCAGACCUGGAACUCCUCGCUGCCACCCACAUCAGGGCCAGAGAACUGGACCUCCGCACCCGCCCUUCCCCACCUGGUGCGGGAGCCCGUGCGCUGCAUCUGCUCGUCGCAGGGCACUGGCUUCUCUUGCCCUGGAGGCGUGGGGGGACACCCCCCACAGAUGCGUGUGGUCACUGGGGACAUCUUGAUGGACAUCACUGGCCACAAUGUCUCUGAGUACCUGCUCUUCACCUCUGACCGCUUCCGACUGCACCGGUAUGGGGCAAUCACGUUCGGCAACGUGCAGAAGUCCAUCCCGGCGUCAUUUGGCGCCCGAGCACCGGCUAUGGUGCGAAAAAUCGCAGUGCGCCGGGCAGCACAGGUGCUCUACAACAACAAGGGCUACCACAGCAUGCCCACCUACCUCAACAGUCUCAAUAACGCCAUCCUUCGCGCCAACCUGCCCAAGAGCAAGGGCAAUCCAGCAGCCUACGGCAUUACUGUCACUAACCACCCCAUGAACAAGACCAGCGCCAGCCUUUCCCUGGAUUACCUGUUGCAGGGCACCGAUGUAGUCAUCGCCAUCUUCAUCAUUGUGGCCAUGUCCUUCGUGCCAGCAAGCUUUGUGGUCUUCUUGGUGGCCGAGCAGUCCACCAAGGCCAAACACCUGCAGUUCGUCAGCGGCUGCAACCCCGUCAUCUACUGGCUCGCCAACUACGUGUGGGACAUGCUCAACUACCUGGUCCCAGCCACCUGCUGUGUCAUCAUCCUGUUUGUGUUUGACCUGCCAGCCUACACUUCCCCUACCAACUUCCCAGCAGUGCUCUCUCUCUUCCUGUUGUAUGGGUGGUCCAUCACUCCCAUCAUGUACCCAGCCUCCUUCUGGUUCGAGGUGCCCAGCUCAGCCUACGUGUUCCUCAUUGUCAUCAACCUCUUCAUUGGCAUCACAGCCACCGUGGCCACGUUUCUGCUACAGCUUUUCGAGCACGACAAGGACCUGAAGGUGGUCAACAGUUACCUGAAAAGCUGCUUUCUCAUCUUCCCCAACUACAACCUGGGCCAUGGGCUCAUGGAGAUGGCCUACAACGAGUACAUCAACGAGUACUAUGCCAAGAUCGGCCAGUUCGACAAGAUGAAGUCCCCUUUCGAGUGGGACAUCGUCACCCGGAGCCUAGUGGCCAUGACGGUGGAGGGCUUUGUGGGCUUCUUCCUCACCAUCAUGUGCCAGUACAACUUCCUUCGGCAGCCACAGCGCAUGCCAGUGUCCACCAAGCCCGUGGAGGAUGAUGUGGAUGUGGCCAGUGAGCGUCGGCGUGUGCUCCGAGGGGAUGCAGACAACGACAUGGUCAAGAUCGAGAAUUUGACCAAGGUCUACAAAUCUCGGAAGCUGGGCCGCAUCCUGGCCGUGGACCGACUGUGUCUGGGCGUGCGGCCCGGGGAAUGCUUUGGGCUCCUGGGUGUCAAUGGAGCAGGCAAGACCAGCACCUUCAAGAUGCUGACGGGCGACGAGAGCACGACUGGGGGCGAGGCCUUUGUGAACGGGCACAGUGUGCUCAGGGAGCUACUGCAGGUACAGCAGAGCCUUGGCUACUGCCCCCAAUUUGACGCCCUGUUCGACGAGCUUACGGCCCGUGAGCACCUGCAGCUCUACACGAGGCUCCGGGGGAUCCCCUGGAAGGAUGAGAAGCAGGUGGUAAAGUGGGCUCUGGAGAAGCUAGAGCUGACCAAGCACGCCGAUAAGCCGGCCGGCACCUACAGCGGUGGCAACAAGAGGAAGCUGUCGGCCGCCAUUGCCCUCAUUGGCCACCCGUCCUUCAUCUUCCUGGACGAGCCCACUACAGGCAUGGACCCCAAAGCACGGCGCUUCCUCUGGAAUCUCAUUCUGGACCUCAUCAAGACCGGGCGCUCCGUGGUGCUAACAUCACACAGCAUGGAGGAAUGCGAGGCCCUGUGCACGCGCCUGGCCAUCAUGGUGAACGGGCGGCUGCGCUGUCUGGGCAGCAUCCAGCACCUGAAGAACCGGUUUGGCGACGGCUACAUGAUCACCGUGAGGACCAAGAGCAGCCAUAGUGUGAAGGAUGUGGUGCGCUUCUUCAACCGGAACUUCCCCGAGGCGGUGCUCAAGGAGCGGCACCACACGAAGGUGCAGUACCAGCUCAAGUCGGAGCACAUCUCGCUGGCACAGGUGUUCAGCAAGAUGGAGCAAGUGAUGGGGGUGCUGGGCAUCGAGGACUACUCAGUCAGCCAGACCACCCUGGACAAUGUGUUUGUCAACUUCGCCAAGAAACAGAGCGACAACCUGGAACAGCAGGAGACGGAGCCACCCUCUGGCCUGCAGUCCCCCUUGGGCCGGCUGCUGAGCCUGUUCCGGCCGCGCCCUGCACCCACAGAACUCCGUGCUCUGGUGACUGAGGAGCCCGAGGACCUGGACACAGAGGAUGAAGGCCUCAUCAGCUUCGAGGAGGAGCGGGCCCAGCUCUCCUUCAACACAGACACGCUCUGCUGACUGUGGGCCCAAGGACACAGCGGAGACAGAAGUCAUGCAGGGCAAAGUCCCAACACUGAGUGGCUGGCCCUGGAAGGGGAGGUCCAGGACCGGGGUGCCAUGCCCCCGCCGCCCCUGCUCCCGUGGCCAUGCAGCCACCCUCUCCCAUUUGUGCCAAAGGCCAGCCCACCCGGGGCUGCGUACUCCCUCACCCCGCUUUGCCUUAAAGCCUGGGGGUCUGGUCUGGCCCCUCACCUCUCCCCUCCUUGGCUCUGCCCACUCUUCUGGGGCCACCCAGGGUGACCAUCCCCGUGGUUCCUGUCUCUGGGCCAGGAUUCCUGAACAGGCCUUUCUUUCUGUCAGUGGGAUUGGGACACGACAGCACUAGGGGGCAGGGGACUAGCCCAGGCUCCUAUCUAUUUUUUUGGAAAGAGGCUCCCUGACCUGUUUUCACAUGGGGCUCCCCGUGUGGGGGGUGGGGGAUACUGGCCCUGUGGGCUGGGAAGCUUCCUCCCUUCUGCUGCCAGCGCCUGCCUCCGGCUCGGCCCCUGCCCACCCUACACCCAGGAGCUGAAUCUGUACAUAGCGCACGGAUGUUUGUUUUAAAUAAAACCAAAAAGCUGA